GUUAAAAAGUGGAGCAUGUGUUUGAGUCACUGUUGGAGUCAAAUAAAAGACACUCACCCACUCUUGUAGUAGUAAAAAGAAAAAAAAGAAAAAAGCUAAAGUUUGGUGUGAACGGAGCGUGUGAGAGAUGUUUUCACCUCUGAGCGGCGGACAAGUUUAAAUGUGCCGCAUAUCAGAGCGCUUUCUCUCCUAGGUGAGGAUAAAACAGUCCAGAUUCUGCUGCUUUUGUUGUUAUUUUUCUUCUUUCUUUUUUUUCUCUCUCUUCCUUUUUACUGGCAGUCUGAGUUAAGCUUAUGACUUUUGACACACUCGGGGAGCGACGCUGCAAAUGGGCGGCAUAGGUGGCAGCCUCUACCUCAGCAUGUUGAAUGGGACUGAAGCGCAAACUCUCGGAAAGAGCGUCGACAUCAGCAGCCACCUCCACCGCGGCGGCAAGGAUCUAGCCGAGUUUAAGAUGGGCAUCCAGGACGCCCGCUUCUACUAUCCGGACUCGGUUCAGGGCGGCCAGGACCCUCUCACCCUGCCCUACCACACGGAGCAGACAGUGGGGGGUUACGGGGCGCAGCCCGGCAGGUUUUACGCGCAGACCCUGAGCGGCUGCCCCUACGGCGGCGUGCGCUCUCCGCAGAGGAGCGGCGCCGGGCAGGGAUACGUCCCCGCGGCGGGAGAGGGUUUCCCCACUGGAGGUAAAGACCCGGUGUACUCCCCCUCUGCGGAGAACUACCCGGCGGGCUUCCAGCACGGCUACCAGCGGCCUCUCUACCCUUUACCUGGGCUGCAGGUGUGCGGGAAGACCCAGGUUCUGCUAAAUAACUACCCGCUGUGGGCCAAGUUUCACAAGUUCCAGACCGAGAUGAUAAUCACCAAGCAGGGCAGGAGGAUGUUUCCCUUCCUGAGCUUCAACAUCAGCGUGCUGGAUCCGUCUGCCCACUAUAACGUCUACGUAGACGUGGUUCUGGCCGAUCAGCACCACUGGAGGUACCAGGGAGGCAAAUGGGUCCAGUGUGGGAAAGCAGAGGGAAACAUGCCAGGGAAUCGGAUGUACAUGCACCCUGACUCUCCUAACUCCGGGGCUCAUUGGAUGAGACAAGAAGUGUCAUUCAGCAAGCUCAAGCUCACCAACAACAAGGGCAGCACCAACAACGUGGCACAGAUGAUUGUGCUCCAGUCGCUCCACAAGUACCAGCCACGUCUUCACAUAGUGGAGGUGAAGGAGGACGGCUCAGAGGACCCCUUCCUGUCCUCUAAAGCUCAGACCUUUGUCUUUCCAGAGACGCAGUUCAUCGCCGUCACCGCUUAUCAGAACGCAGACAUCACUCAGCUGAAAAUAGACCAUAACCCCUUCGCAAAAGGUUUCCGCGACAAUUACGACACGCUCUACGCUCCUCCCGACUCUGAUCGCCUCACCCCUUCUCCUACAGAGGGCCAGCAGUUGUUACCGGGGACCUGCUACCCACAGAGCUACCUUUCUGAACAAUAUAUUAGCCCCCUGUCGCAGACCCGCUUCUACGGCCGCGAUCACAUCGGCAUGGGCCAGCAGCACAAAGACCCGUCCUCUAGUCCGGGACCGCACAGUCGCUGGUACCUGCCCCCGCAGCAGAACAUACCACCAAACCGGCUUGACUUCGCAUCCUCCUAUGAGGGGGACUUUUCUGGAAACGGCUUCUACAAGCCGUUCCCCCUGCAGACGUCCGCUCACCAUGCCCUCAGCUACUACCCAGAGCAUCCUUUUGCGUCGAGCAGCGUGUCGGUAUCAGCGGCCGGGUCAGCGGGAUGGAGCGCCAGCAGGCACACCCCACAGUAUCCCAGCAAACCCGCCCCCAGUCUGAGCUGGUUCAGGCCCAUUUCGUCCUCUUCUUCCUCGUCGUCGUCUUCCACGCCCCCCGGGAACCCCAGGCUGCACGCGCCCUCGCUCCUGGAGUCCCUGCAGCCGCCCGUGCUGCACGAAAAGCCGAAAGACCCCACCGGGGUGGCAGCCGAGGACCCCUGGCUCGAGCCGCCCUCCGUCAAAUCAGCAGACUCGGCCGACUCGGGCAUGUUCGAGGGAAACAAGAAGAGGAGAGUGUCGCCCUACACGUCCAGCACUGAAAACUCCCCGCCUCCGCGUGCUGGGGAGGUCUGUGAAAAAGACAGCAACAGCGAUCCAGACUACUACGGCUAUUACACCCACUGAGGGCCUCCCGUUUCAUCACAGACGUUUCCUAACGCCCUCUCACAGCGCCCCUGAGUCUGUCCGGUCUGCAAGGUCUUCAUGAUGGAUUGACACAAAACAGAACCACAAAACGUAAGCCCUCACAGUGAUAAACAUCCACAGCGUAAAGUUUCAUCUCACAAGAGUCAAAAUGAUCACAGGAGGAACUCUUUAAAGGACAGCGACAAAGUAAACAGAAGUGGAUGUGACUGGGUCUCUGGCCUACAGUCACAUAAACACCAAACAGACAUACAGAGGUGUGACUGAAAGUCUUUGAAACAUCUGGAGAUUUAAGAGAGGGCGGGGGAAGCCCAAACAUCUGCAUAUCUGCUUGCUGACAGAUGCCUGCAGGAAUUGUCUGUUCUUUCUGCAUCAAACCCACUCCGGCUGCGGUGCCAUGUCUCGUCUGUGUCUUCCUUCGCACCCUCAGCCGUUUACACAUUUCUUCGUGAUGUGCUCACGUUCAUUUCUCCCAGUGAUUCUACGCCGAAACUGGUUAGCAGAAAUAAAAUUUAAAAAAAAGAAGAAAAAAAAAAACACAGAAAAACUCAUGUCCUCUCUCACCUUUAGCUCAUGAUAAACGAUGCAGCUCCCACUUGUGGCAGUGGAGGAGAAGUGCAGGCAGUCGGUGGAAAAGGUCAAAGUCAGAGCAGGGUUUAGUACAGCUUAGCAGAUGCGUGUUAAUAGUGUGGCAGUGACGGCAAAAGCACAAUGAAAUAGACACAUUAUCUGGAGGUUGCGCAGCAUCUGGCAGUGAUCAUUCAUGCAUAAUGUUUAAUCAUACACACAAAGUUGAAAACAAAGGCAGAUUCAGGCCCUUUAAUGUGUUCAAACACCUAGACGUUUUCCAAAUUUUCUCUCAUUAUUACCCCAAACUUGUUUUUUAAUGCCAUUCUGUGAUAGACCAAUGCAAAUUAGUGAAUAAUUAUGAAGCUCAACAACUUUUUGAUACUUUUUAUUUUUAUUUUUUACAAAUAAUUAAAAAAAAAGUGACAUUUGAAUUCAACCCCAGCUCAAAGUGUGCAUGGAGAGACUGAAAUUUCUGACCGUUCAUCUGUGCAAAAACACCUUAACUUUAAAUUUUCAAUCAAUUGCUAAUCAGAUUUAAUUCUUGGCCAUUCUUACAAAUUUAUUUGUUUUGAUCUAGAGUUCAAUCUCAUGUAGGAAGAUGAUCCACAGCUCCAGGCUCAAGUCUCUGCAGUCUCUAUCGAGUUUUCCUCCAGGUUUAAUCCAUGCUCCCAACAACUCUUACCGGUUUUAGUGUCUCUGAAAAAAAGCAUCUCCGCUGUAAGUUGCCACCUUUGCUUUAUGGUGGAGAUGGUGUGAUCAGGAUUUUGGUUUUCUGCCUCACCAUUUUGUAUGUAGGUGAAAAAAUAGAAUUUCAUUGAACCUGAUCACCUUCACCUCCUCUCUUCCCUCUAUUUUAACAAUUGAUUUCUUAACACAUAAAUCCCAGAUUUGCUGACUGUAACGUCACUGGAUAUCCCCCAUAUGCGUCUCUGCAGCUCCGUCAGAGUAACCAAGGGUCUCCUUCAUGGUUUUCUGAUUAAUUGUCUCGUUGGCCAGUCUGUCAAUUUAGGUAGGCAUCGUUGUCUUGGUAAGUUUGUAGUUGUGCGAUACUCUUUCCAUUUUCAGGUGAUGGAGACAUCACUACUCUUUAAGUUUGGAAUAUCUGCUAUAAACUUCAAUCACUCACCCUUUUUUUUUCCACUUAACUUUUAGCAGCAGCUGCAGGGUAACGAUUGAGUUAGAUAGAUUGUACUUUAUGGAAAAAGCUUCACACAAGACUAGCUGAGGCACGCGGGUGUAGAGUGCGAAGAUUCUGACCUUGCAAUAAUUAGUCGAUGUUAAAUCACUCCCGUCAAUAAACCCACAAUCAGUAUGAGCAUCAAUAACUGCCGAACAGCGUUAUUGAUGCUGUUCGGCAUCAAUAAGAGAGGAGAAGAGAAGAGAACCACGCAGGCUUUUAAAACACAGACAAAAUGGCAGUCAUUCUGUAGAUCAGUUGAUAGCAGGUCGUGAGGACGCCCACAUGCACCUGUAGUUAAACUGUCAGCCUUAGACCACAAUAAACAGGAAGCACAAAGUGACCAGACCGACACUCUGAAUUUCCCCCCUGGUCUCAGGACCCAUCAUGUGGUGACGCUGGUUGACAGAGGCCCGGCUCCUGGCCUGGUGACAGAAAUAAAGAGUGAGGCCACAGUCGGAGCUGAUCAGAGGUCUGCUUCUCACUCCUCACCAGGUGUGCUAAACGCCUCAGACAACACCGGAGGCGACAAGCGAGCGCCCGGUGUUAUCUAUCAGGGAAAUUUCAGUGUUGACCGUCCAAGCUCAAAUUGAUUACACGUGUGAAAUGCAUGGAGAUGGUGUUAACUGAUGGAGCCAUUACUACUGCGACGAGCAGAAAUUCAACAACUGCCACAUGCGGUUAAAGCCAAGUAGGAAUGCUCGUUUUUUUUUUUUUUUUUAAAAAGCAUGUUUACAUUUUAACCUCUUUGUAAAUUUAAUGAGUCUGUAGACUGUAAAUUUGCAGGGAAAAGAAAGGGGAAUAUUUAAAAGCAUUUCUAAAACAGUUUCAAUGAAACAAAAGGUUGUUGCAUCCACCUAUAUCCAUUUCUAUUCAUGUUUAUAACCGCUCAUCCUUGCAGAGCUGCAGGGAGGACUGGUUCCUAUCUACAGGGGUCCUGGACACCCAGGAUAGGUUAUCAGCAUACAGACACACACAUGUUCACACCUAAGAACAAUUUAGAGAGGCCGACUAACCUACGUCAUGUUUUUGAACUGUGGGAGGAUGCUGGAGUACCCAGAGAGAACCCACAAAUACACAAGGAGAACAG